AUGGCGUCCAUCUACCAACUCAACCAACCUCCGAAUCCGUUUUGGGACUUUGUCAACGGCAAUCUAGAGGACCAUCCUUUCUUUGCUCCUCGCGGACACCACGGACACCACGGACAUCGUGGAUGUCGUGGAUGGAACAACCUCCAGCCGAAUGACAACUCCACCCGAGAUGCCCAAGCAGGCGAAACUACUGAGCCCAACGGGAACAUGGAGAAAGACGAAAGGUCAGCAUCGGACUCUGACUCCCCAGACGACCACCACCAUCGCUGCGACCACUGCGGACAUGGUAAGGGCAAGGGCAAGGGGCGUGGUGGCCAUGGCCUCCACGGCCCAGGCCCAUUUCGUGGCAAGGGCGGCAAAGGAAAACACGGCCAUGGCCCUCACGCUGGACCUUACGAGUUCCAUAAUUACGGCCGCGAUCACCACCACGGUGUCGGUGCCUUCGGGGGCCCUGGGCGCGAUGGAAACGGUAGGCAUGGACAUGGACACAAAUAUGGUCCCCGCAUUGAUUCAUGCGACUUCCCCGCCCAUCACAGCAACCCCAGUCCCUUCGGCUUCGGGUCCGGUGAACGGGGUCAACACCAUAAAGGAGGCCCCGGUGGCCGUGGCAGACACCACGGUAGACCUCCUUUCGGCGAUCCGUUCGAGUUCCUGCGCCAGCUCGGUGCAGGGCUUGGUUUCCCCAUGAACGGGCCUACCGCAGAGGGUGUUGACUUCACGCCCUUAGUUGACGUCUUCGAUACCCCUGCCAAGUACAUUGUGCAUGUCUCACUGCCCGGAGCCAAGAAGAGUGAUCUCAGCAUUGACUAUGAUGCCGAUGAGUCUGUUCUGCGUGUGGCGGGUGUGGUUUAUCGCCCCGGCAUCAAUGAGGAUCUGCACCAAGCUCUUGUUAUGGAAGAGCGGGGUCAGCACAUUGGUGUCUUUGAGCGCCAGAUUCGUCUUGGGAGUCGUGGUGCCCCGGCUUUUGUAAUUGUUGACGGCAUCUCGGCAAAGCUGGAGGAUGGUAUCUUGAACGUUACACUGCCGAAGAUUGUUCAGGAUCCUGAGCUUGGGAAGAAAACAGUUUUCGUAGAGGAUGGUGAUUUAGAGAAUGGGAAAGACGCCAUGGUUGUGGAUGAGAGGACUCUCACCCGAGUGGAGUCUGAAGGGAGCGACGUUGAGGAUGGUGAAGCGAGAGAGUAUGUCAAGGUUCAUGUGCAGUGA